AGGGGUUCCCCUUUCCAACAGUACGCACAGAGCACAGAGACUGACGGAGCUGUUUCAUGAGUGCAAACUUGUACACCAAGCAACAACGAAGAAUUGAAUUGAAUUGAAGUCCUACGGAGGAUCGCCUGCAGACCUGAAGUCAGAGCGCGGUUCUGAAAGUGAAAUGAUCGGAUUUGAAGGUUAGUCAUUUGAGUCGUUUAUGCGCCUCCCGUGCGCUCUCACGACAGAUCUCCAAUGCCCAAAGAGUGCCGGAGAAAGAGCUCGAAAGACUUGGUGCUCUGUGGGACUGCUCUGAACGAGGGGCCACGUUCGGAGCGCAGACCAGCAGGGAAGCCAGCAUGCGAUGAUCUCGUCCAGAAAGCCUCUCAGGUCACCGCGUGUUCCGCUGCCGAAGCGCCGCCCGUGAUGGAUUCCCGCCGGGUACCGCAGGUCACCAUCACCCCGGAGGGAGGCGGCUCCUCUCGGGAGAUGAAGCAGGAGGACUGGGAGGAUCCAGUGGACGGUGCCCUGCGUAGAAAACUGUCCAACUCCUCCAUCUCCUCCACGGGCUCCUCUGCUGUGGAGUCAGAGGAUGACUUGCUGAGUGACAACGAGAGCAAAAGCAAAGGCAUCAUCACGUUAGAGCCUCUGGUGGACACUGGAGAGAGCAAGCCAUGGUGGAAGUUAAAGACGAUCGUCCACUGGCCCUUCAGUGCUACCCAGAGGAGGAAACUGAGCUGGGUUCAGCUGGCCGGGCACAAAGGAAACUUCAAAGCCGCAGACGAGGGCACUAUCCUGAAGAAGUUCUCAGAAAUUGAGGUGCAGUGUUUCGAGAAGCUGAGGGAGGACGCUCUGCUCCCAUUCGUGCCCGGUUACCAUGGCGUUGUGGAAAAAGAUGGGGAGUCUUUUCUUCAUAUGACUGACCUGCUGGCGACCUUUGAGCUUCCUAAUGUCAUGGACUGCAAGAUGGGAAUGAGGACGUACUUAGAGGAGGAGCUGGUGCGGGCACGGGAGCGGCCCAAGCCGAGGGAGGACCUGUACAGAAAAAUGGUGGAGGUGGACGGCGAUGGGCCGACGCCUCAGGAGCACUCUCAACGAGGAGUCACCAAACCUCGCUACAUGCAGUGGAGGGAGAGCAUGAGCUCCACCAACACGCUGGGCUUCCGGAUCGAGGGGAUCAAGAAAUCUGAUGGUACAUGUCGAACUGACUUCAAGAAGACCCGAUCGAGGCAUCAUGUCAUCCAGGUGUUCAGAGACUUUGUUGGAGGCAAUGUCAUCAUUCUAAAGUCCUACCUGAGCAGACUGACAGACAUCCAGCAGGCCCUGAAGACAUCCGACUUCUUCAGACAACAUGAGGUCAUUGGCAGCUCUUUGCUCUUUAUCCACGACCACACGGGCAAUGCCCAGGUCUGGAUUAUUGACUUUGGAAAGACCACAGCGUUACCAGAGGGCCACACGUUAAACCAUGACAUUCCCUGGCAGGAAGGCAACCGCGAGGACGGCUACCUGUGGGGGCUGGAAAACCUCAUCCAAACACUGAAGUCUGUAAGCAAUGAAGGGACUAGUGGAGAAACAUGUUGCUCAGUUACCAAAGAGAAAAAUCAAACUACAGAAACAGAUGGUCAAUGACCUUUGACUGUUAAGACUGUAGGGUAAAGGGACAUCAAGCUAUUUCAAUGGAAAUCACAAUGGAGACUUUUAGGAAGGUUUUUAAAAGAAGGUUUAGUGUAGCUCAAGAAGAGCUUUGUAACUGCUGACAGAGAAACUACACUGGACACUGAAUAGAGAGGAGAACUUCACUAGUUUCUUAAUGUUUGAGCAAAUAAACUGACACUAAUUCUACUUCCUACAACACAGACAGAAGUGAAAGAGUAGGGAUUCUGCAUUUCACUUUCAGGGAUGGGAUGUUACACGUUAAGAAUGAAUAAGGGCUAAAUGAGUUAAAGUUCAUAUUUGACCGGAUCUCAGACCUCUUGGUCACAUUACUAUAACACUUAACACAUUGUCAUUAUAGUAAAAUGAGUUCAGUAUGUUACCUGUAACUUUUCUGACAAAGUGUAUUUAAUUGUAAAAAUGUGACAAUUUAGAUUUCUUUCACUGAUUUGAAUCAUGUAAUCAAACUUUAAUCCAAAAUUACAAUUGUAAUCAAUUUGAUUUGAAUGUGCUGUUACAAAACAUGUGGAAUAUUUACACUGCAAUGUUUGUUUUAGGGUCUUGGUUCGAGAUGUUCUGUAAAUUAAAUUAAUGGAAAUGUACAUGGGAAUAAAAAGGGAAAACCUAAUUUAAGUAGU